AUGGUUGAUAAAACUAUAUCCUUUGCAAUUGAAAAGCUUGGUAAUUUUCUCGCCAGGGAAGUUGAUAUAAGGAUAGGAGUGAAAAACGGUGUAAGGUGGCUCAAAGAUGAAUUGUGCUACCUCCAGUCUUCUGUAAGAGCUGCAGAAGCAAAACAAGAGGAUGAACUAGUCCGCCUAUGGAUAAACAAUGUCAAAGAUGUUGCCAAUGAAGCUAUUCUUAUCCUGGAGAGGUUUAACUUCCUCAAAGAAGAACAUGAAGCUCUUAAACAUGGUAUUCUGAAUCGUCUGCGGAGGUUUAUCUGCAUGUGCAGAAAAGAAUCAAAUCUGUAUGAUAUUGGCAAGCAAAUCGAGUCACUUAAGGAAAGAAUUGUGGAGAUCAAGAACAGGCGAGAAGAUUAUGGCAUUUCCAACAUUUUAGCCACUGCAACAGUGCAGCGAGGUAAAAAAGCAUUACUAAGAGCAACGUCUUUUGAAAACCAGGUGGACGUAGUUGGUUAUGAGGAAGAUACUAAGGUUCUGUUGGCUGAACUUGUUAAAGAGGAUGACUCACUUGGCGUUAUUUCCAUCCACGGAAUGGGAGGUUUGGGCAAGACUACACUUGCCAGUAAGUUGUACCACUCCAGCGAGUUGAGCCAUUUCGAGACUCGUGCCUGGGUUUGUUUUUCCCAGGCAUAUAACUUUGAAGAUGUUUUAAGAACAAUGAUAAUGUCUUUCGACAAGCUUGCAGCUAAUUUGUCCCACAUGAAAGAGGUCGACUUGCUGCGAAACAUGCAAGCUAUACUACAAACUUGUGAUCGCUGUUUGGUUGUGAUUGAUGAUAUGUGGGAAAUAGAGGGUUGGGAAAAGAUUAAAAAAGCUUUUGCAGGCACGAAAUAUGGUAGUAGGGUCGUUAUAACUACAAGAAAUAAAAAAAUUGCUCAGAUGGUAGAUGACAGAUGUUUUGUCCAUGAACUCCAUUUCCUGAGUAACGAUGAGAGCUGGCAAUUGUUCUGUAAGAGAGCAAAACCAACCAAGAAUCUGGAGAAGUUAGGAGAGGAGAUGGUAGGUAAAUGUCAAGGCUUACCACUUGCAAUUGUAGUCCUGAGUGGGCUAUUAUUGCACAAGGGGUACCAAGGUUGGUUAGAGGUGCAUGAUCAUAUUUGGAGCCAGUUGAAGGGCAAUUCUGUGGAGAUUCAAGAGAUACUCAACUUGAGUUAUAAUGACUUGUCUUUCCAGAAGAGGAAAUGUUUUCUCUACCUUGCCAAGUACCCAGAAGACUUUAUAUUUGACGUUGACAUGUUGGGGCAUUUAUGGAUUGCUGAGGAAUUCAUAUCUGAAAUUGACGAAAGAGAUGGAUUACUUAUGGAGGACGUGGCUAAGGAUUAUCUACAUGAGUUGAUUAAUCGCAACAUGAUUCAGAUAGUAGACUCGUACUGCGAUGGACGAGUUGCGGCAUGCCGGGUCCAUGAUCUUGUACGUGAUCUUGCUGUACAGAAGGCAAAGGAGGAGAGAUUACUAGGAAUUUUCGACUCAAGUAAUAACCAUCCAAGUCCUGUCCAUCUGUUGCGCGAACAACCACGACAUGCCAUUUAUAAUGGAAUUGGUAAUUACCUGAAACUAAUUGGACCUCAUCCUGACAAUUCCAAGUUGCGUUCAUUAGCAACAACUGGUAAAAUAAUUACAGGACUUGUGGGAAUAGAAAUCAAAUUGAUCUCUGAAAGAUUUAAAUAUCUCAAAGUUCUAGAUUUAACCAGUAGUUCUUCAGAAGUAAUACCAGAAGAAAUUGGGAAUUUGGUUUUGUUGAAGUACCUAGGCGUACCGAGUUGCACAAAUUUGGUUGGAGCAUUAGUAAUUCCUCCAACCAUCGGAAAGCUGAAAAAGCUACAAACUUUGUGCGGUCUAGGUGGCAAUAACUACGUCUUUCCUAGCGAAAUAUGUGGGCUGCCAGAGUUGAGGCAUAUAAACUUCCGCCAGAAGUUUUCUGCAAUCAAUCUGAUGAUUGGUAGCCACCAAACAAAGCUCCAGACCGUAGAUAGCAUAUGGUAUCAGAACUGGAUCCUGACUGAUACUGUACAUCUAACCAACCUCAAUAGUUUGGUUAUGUUAGAUGCAUCAAUAGAAGAAAAUGCUGACACUUUGGACUCCAUUGCUAACUUAACAAGUCUCCAGACAUUCAUCCUCAUGUUUUUUUACAGAGCCAUCCCAACCGUCAAACCUCUUUCGUUUUGCAAACGUCUCAACGAUGUCAACUUGUGGGGUAUUAUUAAACAUCCAUCAGACUUAUGUUUUUUGCCAGAUUCUGUUACUAAGUUAAAACUAGUCAAUACUUUGUUCAGGCAAGAUCCAAUGCCCAGUUUGGGAAGUUUGUCAAAUCUUAUGAGCCUUUAUUUGGAUUGCGCGUACUUGGGGGAGAAAAUGGUAUGCGUUCAUGAUUCUUUUCCAAGUCUACGGUUCUUAACAUUAUGUAAACUCCCCAGUUUACAGGAAUUGGAAGUGGAGGAAAGAGCCUUGCCUUUGCUCAAAGGUUUUCAGAUAAUCUGUUGUCAAAAUUUGGAAGUAGUUACCGAACGAGUUAGAGAUGUUCCUCCACUCCCAUAUGAUUGUUUGUUUUAA